ACAGCUCAAAGGCGGGACUACACGCGCUGCACCCAGGCUAUAAAUACACUCUCUUGGCCGCGUUCUUCAUUAUUUGGACCCAUCGUUGAAGAAGACUCGCUUCUCCUCAAGUGAACAAUUUAAAAGACGAACAAGUGAAUAAUGGCCCGUACCAAGCAGACCGCUCGUAAGUCCACCGGAGGAAAGGCGCCCAGGAAGCAGCUGGCCACAAAGGCGGCCCGAAAAAGCGCGCCAUCCACUGGGGGAGUGAAGAAGCCCCACAGAUACAGGCCGGGUACUGUUGCCCUGCGUGAGAUCCGUCGCUACCAGAAGUCCACUGAGCUGCUCAUCAGGAAGCUUCCAUUCCAGCGUCUUGUCAGGGAAAUCGCUCAGGAUUUCAAGACGGAUCUGCGAUUCCAGAGCGCCGCCAUCGGUGCCCUGCAGGAGGCCAGUGAGGCAUACCUGGUUGGCCUGUUUGAGGACACAAACCUGUGCGCCAUCCACGCCAAGAGGGUAACCAUCAUGCCCAAGGACAUCCAACUGGCCAGGCGAAUCAGGGGGGAGCGCGCUUAAGCUUUUUGGCUUUUCUUUUUUAUUGUGUAGGGGGUCGGUUGGGGUAAGAUUGACUGACUGGUUUUGUUUUGUAAAUUGUGCAUCAUUAUCCGCAUGUGUAGUUCAGUUGUUGUUGUUUUUACUUUCACUUUACUGUUCACUUCUCUCCAUCUAUAGACUCUUACCUGCCUUUCUCGGGGCUCUAGUAAUUCAUCCUGUGCAUGCCAUGGGAGCCCUUUCUUGUAAAUAAAAUUUCCACUACCUCA